AUGACUUCAUCUGCUGGGUAUUCAAGCAGUCCUCAAGCAUUCAUCCAAUCUGUGGACACACUUACAAUCACCUUUCUCGUCGACAAUUGCAUAGAAUGGAUGACUAAAUUACCACCUGGCUUCACGCAUGAAAUGCGUCAGCACUUGGUUGACCAUAGUCCUCCAAAAGACCCACGCACAGGUGUCCCAAUGCUUGAUUUUGAAAGGCUGUGUUGUGGGGCUCAUGGCUUUUCCGCACUGAUAGAGACGCAAACACAUGGCUUUAAACGCCAUUUAACUCUAUUCGAUACUGGUCCAGAUUCCAGCUCAUUAGUGCGAAACAUAGAUUCAAUGCGGGUCCCCGUAAACGAAAUCGACCGAGUCGUCCUAUCACACUGGCAUAGUGAUCACACUGGUGGCCUCCUGUCCUUCCUACGCUUGCGAGGGCAGGAGCCAUCUCCUUGCAUUGUGGACGCCCAUCCAUCCAGACCAAUUGCUCGAGGCAUUGCGCCCCCACCCGCGUAUGAGAGCAUUAUCGGCCGUCUACCGAAUGACCCAACCUUCGCCCUUAUCGAAGAAGCCGGUGGGAAGAUCGAGUAUCAUACGGACGGUCAUGCUGUAGCAGAUGACACAAUUUGGGUGAGUGGGGAAAUACCCAGAUUAACCCCAUUUGAAGAUGGGUUGCCUGGUGGCAUGAGGUGGGUAGAAGAACAAGGUGAAGGUCGAUGGGUACAGGAACACCAUAUUAUGGAUGAACGGUACGUUGCCAUAGACGUGUAUGGAAAGGGUUUGGUGAUUUUGAGCGCGUGUUCUCAUGCGGGUAUUGUUAAUGUCGUGAAGGAUGCUACAUCGAAGUUCUCUAGGCCGAUUCACAUGGAACGCGGGUUACAUCUCGCAGGACCGGAAUUAACCAACCGCAUCUCUCCAACAGUGGAGUUCCUAUCACAGGAGCUCAGACCGGCGCCCAUGUAUAUCCUUCCUAUGCACUGUUCCGGAUUCCAAGCGAAAAUAGCUCUCGAGACAGCUUUCGGGGAAGGAUGCGUCCCUGCUGGCGUCGGUAUCAAAGUUGAUGUCCUUGGGAAUAGAGAGGUCAACAAAAGAAUGAUGUACAGUGCUCUCUAA